AUGGCUUCCAUGGGGCUGCAGGUUACGGGCAUUGCGCUGGCCGUGCUAGGCUGUCUGGCCGCCAUCGUGUGCUGCGCGCUGCCCAUGUGGCGCGUGUCGGCCUUCAUCGGCAGCAAUAUCCUCACGGCGCAGACCAUCUGGGAGGGCCUGUGGAUGAACUGCGUGGUGCAGAGCACCGGCCAGCUGCAGUGCAAGGUGUACGACUCGCUGCUGGCGCUGCCGCAGGACCUGCAGGCGGCCCGUGCGCUCGUCGUCAUCUGCAUCAUCGUGGCUGUGCUGGGCAUGCUGCUGUCGGUGGUGGGCGGCAAGUGUACCAACUGCGUGGAGGACGAGAGUGCCAAGGCCAAGACCAUGAUUGUGGCGGGCGUGGUGUUCCUGCUGGCAGGACUGCUGGUGAUGGUGCCUGUGUCCUGGACGGCCAAUAGUGUCAUCCGCGACUUCUACAACCCGCUGGUGGUCUCCUCACAGAAGCGGGAAAUGGGCGCUGCGCUCUACAUUGGCUGGGCCGCCUCAGGCCUGCUGCUGCUCGGUGGUGCCCUGCUCUGCUUCAGCUGCCCGCCUCGCACUGACAAGCCCUACUCGGCCAAGUACUCCGCCGCCCGCUCCGUGCCGAGCAGCAACUACGUGUAA